UUAGCUGGCUACUUGCCUACUCAGUUUGCUGCGCAACACAAAAACAAAGUGAAAAAUAUAAUUGAAGAGUAAACAUCACCUAAGUGUAGUUUAUAUAAAACGUCUAGGCAUCAUAUUUUCGGUCAUCUCAAAAUAAAAAUUCGAAACUAAAUUGCUCAAAAACCCAGGAACACACUUUGAACGUCGGAAAAAAUGACGAUUCUGGCAAAAUUAACAGGUGAAAAAAAGGAUUUGGAGAAGGUUCCGCUUCCAUUACAUCUCAACGAUGAAGCUAUUAUGCAUCAUGGCUCACUGAUCAGUCCAAAGGGAACGUACAGCGAUGCCGAUACUGAAUCAAUGGUUUUCAAUCGGCCGCAAUAUAAUUGCCUAAAAUCGUUUCUUUUGUUCCUGAUCGCCAUUAUCGUGAUGCUAAUGGGUGUACUGGGCGGCUGGACACUUUAUCGUUUAUAUGCCCCAAAUCAUUCCAGCAUGCGCUAUCACGCCCUCUGCGACAUACCAUAUAAGGAAGACUCGAUGGAAUUGCCACGUUUCUAUGCACGCAACGACGACUCUUUCGCAUUGAACUGGCGCUCCCUAUUGCCCCAAUUGUCGGGGUCCCCAAGUGCGGGCAACAGUAUGGGCGGCCAGUUCGAUGAGCUAGUCAACGAUAAUUUCUUCCGCGAGGAAAUCGAGUUGAAUAGCGGCGAUGACGAUGGCUAUGCCAAGAUCGAUGUGCCGGACUUUAAGGAUGGUCGCCACGGGCGCUUCAUGCAUGACUUCAAGGAAAACCAGUCAGCUAUUAUUGAUACCACCACCAAUCGGUGCUUCAUCAUGCCACUGGACCGGGACACCACACUUCCACCCAGCAGCUUUGUUGAUCUUAUGCAGAAAAUGGGAUCAGGCUACUAUAACAUUGAUACGGAGCGGGUUCGCCGUAAUAUGCGUGUCAUUACACCACGUAUCACCGAUCUCUCGGUCAUCUCGGAACGCAUAGCCAACGAAUGCUAUGACAUGAAGGUGUACAUGAUGGAGAAGUUUGUAUCUGGGGUGGCCAAGCGCUCGGCUGAUCCUCUGCCAGAUGCCGGCAAGUAUGCAGCUUUCAUGGGAAAGGGCGUGGUUGAGUAUGAUCUGUCAAACAUAGCCGAGGUCGAGGCCUACGAGGCGAAUGAGGCCCAGCAGCAUCAGGCCGCCUAGGCUCCAAUUGGUCGUAUGCUCCAAAUGUUUUAAAUUAUUUACAUAGAAAAAAAAAAAACAAAACGAAACUGAAAGCAAAAAAAUACGAAUGGACAGCAACCAUAACAAAGACAAACAAAAUAGUAUUGAUUUCUGUAAGUGUGUGUGCGUGUGUAAACAAAAUGAUCUGUAGGCAACUGCCUCAACUUUUAGUCUGUAGUUCGACUUUGGGAUAGACGCGUGAUGAAUUUUCGAUUUAGAGGCGACUUCGGUUUAAAAACACGUAAAUAUCAACAUGAUUUCUGCAAUUUUAAUUAUAUGUGUCAUAUUGCAAUCUUAAUAUUUAUAUGUAUUAA